CUGGCUGCCGUCACUUGCCUACAAUCACUAGCAGGCUUCGGAUUUCCCUUGUUUGCUCCAGCGAUGUACAACGCACUUGGUGUCGGGAAGGGCGAUACUAUCAUUGCAGUCGUAGCAAUCGCGAUAGGUUGUCCCGCGUUCUGGAUAUUUUGGCAUUAUGGGGAGCGUAUACGAAAUGGUAGUCGAUAUGCGCGGUCGUGA